AAAGCGGGGCGUCGGGACGCGCACUUCGAUUCCCGUGACGUCACGACGUGCGCGCCCGCAUAUGCGCCCGUCGCACGACACUUUAAAAUAAAAAUAAAUUAGUUCCGAGGGUCGUAUCCGUUAAAUAAAUUGUUUAAGUAAAAUAUUUAUUGCAAUUGGCGAUCCGGUAGUGUUUAAGGAAUUUUUGGGAAUAAUGUGUAUUAGUUUAAAUACGUUAUUUAAUUGUUAUUAUCUGGGGCUUAUUUUUGUUGUGAUCCAGACGAUCGGGGGUAAAAUACAAUGAAUCAUAUGUUUGGUAACCAAUAGUAGGUGAGCUAAAUGGCGAAUCAGGCACAGCCGGGAUCUCUUGUUCCCCCACGUAACGGUUCCAUUGGCGGGGGCGCAGCUCCCCCGCACUUUGACAGGCCCCACAUGGACCCCAGCUGUACUGUUUCAGUCCAUUACAAUCCCAUAAUAGCAACCAUUUUUGGGUGCUAUAUAGUAAUUGGGCUGGUGUACACUUUUGCCGGUUAUCGGCUCUUCAAGACCAUCAUGUUUCUUACCGGGUUCAUUUUCGCCUGUAGCAUGGUCUACUUAAUGUGUCUACAGGGCGAACUGUUGCCCAGCUACGGAAAUGCCGCUGUUGCAGCAUUCGCUGGCCUGCUCUUCGGCCUGAUCACCAUGCUGGUACAGUACGUCGGUCUGUUCGUCACUGGCCUACAUACAGGACUGCUGUUCGGUCUGGCUGGGCUAUUGACAGCCGAUUAUCUCACUCAUACCACGCCGAAGGGAAAUAUUUGGUUGUGUAUCGGAGUUUUGUUGGGAAGUGCUUUGUUGUGUGCCAUUUUCAGUCUAUAUUUUAGAAAAGGUUUGACAAUUGUGGGAUCCAGUUUAUACGGUGGUGCUCUGCUGGCCAUCACAAUCGACUAUUUCCUAGAGAACCUCUCGGUCUUAUCCUGGAUCUGGCAGAGGGCGUCCCUAAAACCGGUCCAGGCGCCCCCCUGUUGGUUCUCCUGGAUCGUUUUAGGGUCCUGGCCGAUCCUCACCAUUACCGGGAUUAUUGUCCAGUCUUUUUUAACUGGCCGAGGGCGGCGCCACGAGGACGUCGCCGCCGGUAGAAAAAAACCAGCCAAUUUAGCCGGGAACUCCGCUCGUCCAAUGAACAGACUAAACAGGGCCGAACUGAGACAAAAGAAGUACCGUUAUUUGUAUCAGGUCCGAACUGCCCACGGAGAUAUUAUAAGCCAGAAUUUCGUCCAGCAAAUGCAAAAUAAAAAAUAUGACGGUGAAUGUAGUACCCUGGAAUCGGACGCGACCCAUUUAACGAUGUUACCGGACCAUCAUAAUUUGGUAGGACCUUCUCGCGAGCAGUACUUUGACGACAACGAUUUCUAUUAUAAAAAGUAAGUUUUUGCGUCAGUUGUGUCAUUUGGUGUGGCAACAGUGUCUCAAAUAUAGCUAAAACAUAAUCAAUUUUAAAUUAUUGAAAUUGUUUUUGUGGUGAUAUUUAUGUAUUUACGCACGGCGGCAAUUCAGAUGCCGCCUCUUAGACUUAUAUAUAGUUAGAUCUCAUUUAUCAAAAAGUCAACUUUUAACUCAAAAUUUAAGACAAUAAAAAAGUGUAUAUACUUA